UGUAAACCCCACAAACUAUCCUGAGUAGAAAUCACCCAGAAUCCUCCCAAGUGACGAAUUGAUGUUUGUUCUAGACACAUUUUCUAAGGACUAUGACAAUGCAGCAGAAUUAUCUCCCUUUGUAAAGAAACAAUUUGUAUUUCUGUGGGCUAUGCUAACCUGUAUGACAGAAAAUGUUGUUGGGCUUCCUACUAAAGGAUUACAGACUGUUGUCAAGUUGAUAGACAGCUGUCCAUCAUCAGUUUGGUAUACACAUCAUCCUGCUGUAUUAAACUGGUCCUUUAAAGAUUCUCGGAUAACAAAGAUCUGUGGUCAGAAUGUUCUAUCACAAUGGUUAGAUGUGAUUUCCUUAAAAGAGGGUACUGAGCAUGAUGUAAAUAAUGAUAUAACUACAUUGUAUCACAUGUUUACAGAUGAGGACUUCAUAUCUAUUCUUCUGGCUUGUAUAUCAAGAAUGAAUGGUAGAACUGUAAAGUUGGUGGUGCAAUUGUUUGAAAAUUACACUUCACAGAUGACAGACUCUGAUGAGAAAGGAGUUUUCCUUUUAACACUAUCUGCAAUAACUGAGGACAAAAUUGUAGAGAUUUUUUUAAAUGCAGAGCAGACACCUGAAGAUAUGAAUAUAGAAGUUUAUGUGCAGAUUCUUAUGAUGUGUAACAGUAGGAACACAGAGGAUAUUUCUAGUAGUUUUCUCAAAAUAUUAUAUCAUAUAACAUCAUGGCUGGAUGAUGACAAAGAAGAAGCUACCAUUGUAUCCUGUCUUCAGCUAUUGAGUGGUGCUUUGUCUUAUCAUCCUGCUAGAGUUGUCAACUUGAUGGUAAACAGUUAUAAGUUUAUUGCAUUGAUAAACAGCUUGAUAACUUCUGCUGUUGUUCAGCUUCAGAAUGCUAGCUGGAACAUUUUAUCACUAGUUAUAUUGAAUACAAAAGGACUAAAUGAAAAGGCUAUAAUGACUGUAGAACUGACCAUAAAUCCAGUAGGAGAAUACAUACAGAACAUAAAUACCGUCACACCUUAUUUACAGGUGUUGUCAGCAUUAUUUCAGGUAGAUUUUACCUGUCCACUAGUGUCCUUGAAAAAUACAGGCAGAUAUCCACCACAUAUGGCAUGUCCCUUUACCACCAAGGAUUUUAAAGUGCUCUUCAUUUACCUCCAACAACUAGUCCUUCAGGAUGUAAAUGAUGUGAAAUCCACUGCUGUACAAUGCAUAGAGGAUAUGUUUAGAUAUCUCAAGAAACAUUCAUUUAAGUUAGUUUCAGAUCUGUUAAAAUGUUCAUGGAACAGCAUUCUAUUGGAGGUUCUGAUCACAAUUACAGCCAGCGAUCUUAGUUCACUACAAACCACAUUACAGUUCAUUGAUGUAGUGUUAGAGCUUGAUCAAAAUGAAACAAUUUUUAAGAAGAAAUCAAAUCUCCAUCAACAUUUAGUAGAUUUCAUAAAAUGUAUUGACAUAGAAGAUGUAACAAAUCAUGCCACACUCAACAGAAUCAGAAACAAAAUAUUGUAAAUAAACAAGUUUUAUGUUCA